CUGUUGGGAUAUUAGUUUAAAGAGCAGUCUUGCUCUUGCUGUUGUUCAUUUUGUGUUGGUUGUGUAUCUCAUGAUUAAUUUUUCUCGUGCAACAUUUAUGGACCCAGGGUAUCUUCCUGCUGGAGUACCAGGCGAAGGCUUAUCAGCUGCAGAUAGAGUUCAAAACCAACAAGCUAUAAUGCAUAGAUCGGUUGAGAUUAAUGGCGUUGUUACACGCCUUAAGUGGUGCACCACUUGCGAGUUUUAUAGACCUCCCAGAUGUUCUCAUUGCUCUAUUUGCAAACAUUGUAUUGAUACUUUUGAUCACCAUUGUCCAUGGCUGAACAAUUGCAUUGGAAAGCGAAAUUAUCGAUAUUUUUUUAUAUUUCUUAUUGCUUUAACUGCGCACAUGUUUGGAACCUUUACUGUGACGCUAAGCUUUGUAAUGUUUUAUAAGGAUAAGAUAGGCAACUAUCAAACUAUUAUAGCGUAUCCUCUCAAAAUGAUUAUAUAUUCCAUAUUAUUUAUUUUAUCCUUAACUGAUCAUAGUAUUGUCGUCCUUGUACUUGUUGGAUUGCUUUUAAUCCCAGUUGUGGGAUUAACUGGCUUUCAUAUAUUCCUGGUUUCUAAUGGCAGGACUACAAAUGAACAGGUUACUUUUAAAUAUCGUUUGGGCCUUAAUCCAUUUGAUCGUGGGUGUAUUUAUAAUUGGUUGCACAUUCUUUGUGGGCCGCAAAAUGCCAUAUUUAUAAAUCCACAUAAAAGUAUUAAAAAAUCUGGCAAACUACGAGAUAAAUUCUCUUAUGAGCAAUACAGUGGCAAUCUAUAUUCUUCUUCUGCCCCAGAACCUGCAAACUUUCCACUUGGAGAAGUGAUACAAAACGAUCUAAAAGCUAGUUCGAUGCAACAGGGAAAUCCAGCCCAUCCUGAUUUGCCCAUCCUUGCUGAUAAGAAGAGCUUAAUAGGCUCCUCCAAUGCUUUUCAGUCUUCUGGCCAAGAGGAACUAUGUAAAGAUUUGACUCCUGUCUUGGGCAACGGAAAACCGAGUCGUAUUACCAAUAUCUGCAAAGAAAAUGAUUCUGUCUUGGUCUCUAUUGCUACAGAAAUUUCCCCUGAAUCAUCUGCGAAUUGGAAAGUGAAUGCAAACAAAGUACUACCAACUAGAUUGAGCCCUAGAUUUGGGCAUGCUAAGUUAAUUUCUCCAAAUAUUUCACAUUCGUUGGAGGAUAAGAGUCCGCCAAAAUCCAAUCUUGCUCCUGGUGGUCUUAAAGAAAUGAAAAUUGAUGUUCGUCCAGGAGCACGCGACAAGAAAAAUCUAAAUCAAAGUAUGACGAUUACGCCUAGCCUGCGUAAAUCAUGUCAUACCGGCAGCAAUAGCUCAUCAGAUCAGCAUGAAUCUUUUCCGCCACCCCUACCUCCACAUUCGUCCUCACGUGGGUCUCGUGUUGAGAAUCAAUUAAGUUCAGCGUCUGCUAACUACUCUGGCCGAUAUCCUGUUUUCCACCAUCCGCUCCAUUCAAAUAGCGCUGCCUCUGAAUCUUCUUAUCUGCUCACGGAAUCUUUCUGGCCGCAGGCAUCCUGGCCCACGCCUACUCUUGGAAUGCUGCCCUCAAUGUCCACUGCUGCCGUAGAGGCUGUGGUCGAUGACUUCGAAUCCUGCAAGCAGUUUCAACAACAACGUACACGACAUCCUUCACGCCAGAUGGUUGGGCAUGUACAGCCAUCUCCACCUCCUCUGCCACCACACGGUCAGCCUCUCGCUCUCAGCCCCGAAUCUAAAUCAUGCUUGAACUCCAAUCCAAUCUACUUGGGCUCCAUACCGGUAUCCGCUCAAUUAUCUUCCACAUCUUCGCAAUACCAGCAGCUUCAACAGCAUCUGGCCAUAAACCCUUCUGGUGCCCGCCUGCCCACAAUGCUACCUCCCGCUGUUCCGCCUCACUCCGUCUCACGAGCCAGCUCUUCACAUCGGCAAACUUCUGCUGGCAGCGUUUCCGGUCGACAGCCCUAUGCCAAUGCAGCUGAUACUCGACUUUUGGCACUGGCUUCAAGGGAAUACGCACAGGGUCACGGGCCUUGUCAGGUUGGGACGGGGGGAGCAGUCAGCGCUUCUGAUGACAGCCUUCUUAUGGUAUACCGACGUUCUGCGCCCCAACAGUCGACUCACCAGUAUCAACCAAAAAUGCAGCUUGAAAGAUCUGUAGGCGAGCAUCUCCCACCUCCAGUGCCAUUGCAUUUAGGUGCUGCAGCUGCUCCUGCUAUCCCAUCAUCUUCUACAGGUUCCGUGUCCACUUCUUCAUCCACAGUUUCCACUGCUGUGAAUUGUCCCAAAGCCAACUUUCUGACGGGACAAGUAUCGCAAGGGCGAACAGGACAGUCGAGAUUUGCAGGCACUUUGGCGAACCACUUUUCUUCCCAUCAAUUAACCUCUGCCAACUCUCAGCAAUGUUAUAAACCGAGUCACAUGCUUCGUCAAGAACAACACCUGCUUUUGGAUCCCUUAUCAUAUACCUCGCCUGCUCAUGACGCAUUUCUAAGUGGUCAUGGAUUCUCAGUAUUCUGCGGUCCCGCCGACUCGACACAUUCGGUUUCCAUGUCUCUGCCAGACGCGGCUGCUAUGCUUAGCUCUGAUGAAGGCCAUCCGGUAGAAGGCACUUUUGAGAUAUCCGUCUGA